AAAGUCAGCAAUGUUUCCCUAGGGGCAACUUUGCAAGACGUCAAGGAGUUCUUUUCCUUUUCUGGUGAUAUUGAAUAUGUUGAAAUGCUGAGUCAUACUGAGCGAUCCCAAAUAGCAUUUGUUACCUUCAAGGAUUCGCAAGGAGCACAGACUGCAGUCUUACUUUCGGGAGCAACAAUAGUUGAUCUGACCGUCACUAUAAAUCUGGAUCCAGAUUAUCAGCUUCCACCUGCUGCUUUUGUAGCUCCUCUUAAAACAGAAAACAAAACCGCAGGUGGUUCUGAAUCUGUUUUUCGGAAGGCAGAGGAUGUAGUCAGCGGCGUGCUUGCAAAGGGCUUUGUGUUAGGCAAAGAUGCGGUCAGCAAGGUCAAGUCCUUUGAUGAGAAGCACCAGUUGACUUCCACAGCCACAGCUAAGGUUGUUUCUUUUGACAAAAAAAUCGGGCUUAGCGAAAAGUUUAGCGCUGGGACUUCUGUUGUCAAUGAGAAGGUUCGGGGAGUAGAUCAGAAAUUUCAGGUUUCUGACAAAACCAAAUCAGCAUAUGCUGUUACUGAGCAAAAAGUCAGUAGUGCUGGAUCAACCAUAAUGAAGAACCCGUAUGUACAAACUGGAACUACGUGUGUGACUGGUGUUUUUAGUAAAGUUGCAAAGGCAGCUGGAGAUGUUGGCCAAAAGACAAAACAGAAGGUAGGAAUGGCUGAAGAGGAGCAGCGAAGGAAAAUGGUGGAUGAAUUUGCGCAGAUUCAUUUAUCCGAGUCACCUAAAUCACCAAAUCCGAGCAAUCUUCAAAGCCCGCACCGGCCAAAUCACCAAGAGUGGUAGUGGUACUGUUUUUGUGCGAAGGGACAGAAAUCAUCACAUUUCUCACCUUUUUUUCUUUUAUUUUGUCCUCCACUUUACACCUCACAUGCCUUCUCUAUGUCUAAACAAUAAUUUUCCACCACCCAACUUUCUUUUUAUUUUAUUUUCUUUUCUUUUAUUUAUUACCCACUCACUUCUUA